UGCUGGAGUAGAGCACGCACGUGUAAAGAAAGGUUGGGAAAGGUGAGGCCGCUCUGCGCCAGAGACGUCGUAAAGCGGAUUCGUGAAGGGACUGCCUUUCCCUAGUCUUAAACUGGGGCGCAGUCGCUUUCCUUGGGUUUCUCUUUGCUAGGAGGUUGAAGCUAUCCUCAGAUCUGGCUGGUGAAGAAAGUUUUUUGAGUCUUUCACUGGUGAGAUUUCUUACAUUUAGCCAUGCGUCUUUCUGCCCUGCUGGCCUUGGCAUCCAAAGCCACCCUCUCACCUCACUACCGCUAUGGGAUGAGCCGUCCAGGCUCCCUAGCAGACAAAAGGAAGAACCCCCCAUGGAGCAGGCGGCGCCCAGUAGUGGUAGAGCCCAUCUCUGAUGAUGACUGGCACCUAUUCUGUGGAGACAUGGUGGAAAUCUUAGAUGGCAAGGAUGCUGGGAAGCAGGGCAAAGUGGUCCAAGUCAUUCGGCAGCGGAACUGGGUUGUCCUGGAGGGGUUGAACACGCAUUACCGCUACAUUGGCAGGACCAAAGAUCACCGAGGGACUAUGAUAGCUAGUGAAGCCCCCUUGCUUCAUCACCAGGUCAAGCUAGUCGACCCCGUGGACAGGAAACCCACUGAGAUCCAGUGGAGAUUUACCGAGUCAGGAGAGCGGGUUCGAGUCUCUACAAGGUCUGGGAGAAUUAUCCCCAAACCUGAGUUUCCUAGAGCAGAUGGCAUUGUCCCUGAAACAUGGACUGAUGGUCCCAAGGACACAUCAGUGGAAGAUGCUCUAGAAAGAACUUACGUGGCCCGACUAAAGACAUUAGAAGAAGAUGUGAUGGAGGCCAUGGGGAUCCAGGAGACUCGAAGACACAAGAAAAUUUAUUGGUAUUGAGCUUGAGAGUAAUACUUCUACCUGCUCAGUCUUUUUUUUGUUUUGUUUUUUGAGACAGGCUUUCUCUCUGUGUAGCCUUGGCUGCCCUGGACUCUUUGUAGACUAGGCUGGCCCUGACUCACAAGAGAUCUGCCUGGCCUCUGCCUCCUUAGUGCUGGGAUUAAAGGUGUCUGCUCAGUCUUCACUUUGAGGGUAGAAGCCUUUCUUCCUAAAACAACAAUAAAGCGCCUCGAGUUCAGCUGCUA